CCGGCGGGACAGGGGCGCCGGCAUGUCCCGGCCGGGGCGGCCCGAGGAGGCGGAGGCGGGUCGGACGCUGUUCGUGGGGAACCUGGAGAGCCGCGUGCGGGAGGAGAUCCUCUACGAGCUCUUCCUGCAGGCUGGACCGUUAACCAAAGUGACGAUUUGUAAGGACAAAGAAGGAAAACCUAAGUCUUUCGGAUUUGUCUGCUUUAAGCAUGAAGAGUCAGUGCAUUAUGCAAUAGCUUUGCUGAAUGGCAUCCGUUUGUAUGGAAGACCAAUUAAAGUGCAGUACAGGUUUGGGAGUUCUCACUCAUCAGAACUAAGCAGCCCUACACAUGGUUUUGAGAACUACAUUGACUUAUACUCACCUUCAUAUAGGUAUCAAGAGCCUUAUAGGAAUCCUCCAUUUCCUGUUACUCCUUUUCCAGUGAGCAAUAGUUUACCUUAUGAAUACUCAGGCUUUCAAAAGAUGAUGAACCAUGUUUUAGCACAACAGUACACAGUACGCAGUCUAACGGGUCAGCAAUUUCCUUACUAUCAGAUGACUCCACCACUGCCUUCAAAUUUAUCCUUUUCUCCCUGUCAGAAUCAAGCUGCAAAUUUUAACUCUGCACAGAGUUCUUUUGAAUGGGCCCUGCCACAUUCAAGUGACUGUGAAGUGUACCGGGUGGAUGAAAACACCUCUAAAAGAAAGAAAGAACAGCAAAGUUGUGACAGUGACACUAGUAUUGAGGAUGACAAAAUGAGACAAAGAGACCAUGACCAGAAAUACAAGAAGUACAAGGGCAAGAAAAAGACGCAUUAAUACUGUGUAACUGGAUUCAACUUUAAUGACAUUUGCUAUUUUUAUUUGAGAGAUAUUUAAUCUUUCAUCUUUGCACUUUAAUAAUAAAGGAAUGCUCAAGAUUCAUAUUAUUUUUAAAAUGUGUUAUGCAUAAAAUAUGCUGAUACUUUAUUUCAUCUUAACCUAUUUAAAGAGGAAAGUACUAUUUAAGAUGUAGGAAACAUUUAAGAAGAUAAAGUUUUCCUAAUAAAGGAAGAAAACUAGUUGGUUCCUCCGCCUCCCAGGAAUCAUGGAAAGCUAUUAUUUCCCUAAUAUAGAAACUUUAUGGAAAUACUUAAUUUCAGCCACUCAUGAAGCAUAUGUAUCACUUACAGAAUAUAUUUUUGUGAAUGGUGUAAGAAUUUUCUAGAGCCAUUGAGGAAUUGAGUGGGCUAGAAAUUCUAGGUGUCACAUCAGAGAUGUGCUCGUCACUGUAGCAUCAACACCUACAACUUUUUUUUCUGAUUUAGCUCUGUUGUUACUUUCAGUUAGGAUCACCUUGUAUGGUUACUGGAACUGUUUUUUUCCAGUAGUAAAUCUGAGGUAAAAUACGAGCAUUUGUACUUACUACAAGACUUACUUAUCAAUACUCAAAUGAAUGUACAUACUUUAUGGCUGCUGUUAUUUACUGACUAGAACUACAUGCAUAUAUAUAUGCAUCAUUGUAUAAAGUUACUCUCUAGUGUUUUAUUUGCUUAUUUGAGAACCUAAAUGUUCAUUGUAAUAAAUGGAUGAAAAAUGUAAUGAGGAUUUCAUCUUAACUGCUAGCACAAAAGCAUGAGUCAGCAGAGUUAGUACUACCUCUUAAGAAGAAAAAUUUUUUCCUUGUUUAACAGAGGAAGAAUAAACUAUCAUAUUGUGAUGAA